GUGGCCACCCCUCCCUUUGGGGGCUGUCAAGGCCUCAUCAGUGGUGACUCAGCCCUGGGCCAGACCCGGCUGGGGGUGGCUGCAGCUGCAGUGCAGCUGAUCCUGACAGUGACAAGAGGGGGUGGCCCCUAAACGGAGAUGGGGCAGCUAGCAGUGCCAGGGCCAUGGGGGCAGUAAUGGACCCAGCCCGUGCCCCCACCACAGUUUGGGAGACCCUUAGGGGCUGAGAAUGAGAGAGGUGACAGAGUCCUGCAGGGGGUGACCACCUGGUAGAGGACCCAGUGCCUACAAGAGGGUUCUGGGGCUCCCUGGCUCCUGCCCCCCUCUGCUCCCAGUGAUCCAUAGCAGGAUUGUCUUCAGUUCUGGGGUGGGGUCCCCUCCCAUGCCUCUCUGUCUCCCAGCCCCGGGAGCAGGUCCUGGGACCAGGGCAGGGCCUCCUGGCAGCUUCCUUCCUUCCUUUCUUAGGACGGAAACUCAGCCGCUGGGGGGCUCCGGGCUGGAGCCUGAGCAGGGGAGGGGGACUUAGCCACCACCCUGUUCCCCAAAGUGACUCAGCCCUAAAUCCCCACCCAUCCCUGGGGAGCCUGGGCCACAGUGGGAGGUGGAUAAAUGGGGUGGCAGCCUGGGCUGGCCGGAGAACUCAGGCCACUCCAGCUGGACACUCGCUGCCUGCCACUUCUGUCCCACCUCCCAUGGCCCGCUCUGGGAAUGCCACGUCAGCUGCCCCGGCCCCAGGAGCCUCUUCACGGAGACCAUCACGGGGGCUUGUGCAGGAUGUCAAUGGGCCACCGAGGGAGCUGCGCCCUCGGCUCUGCCACCUGAGAAAGGGCCCCCAAGGCUAUGGGUUCAACCUGCACAGUGACAAAUCCCGGCCCGGACAGUACAUCCGUUCUGUGGACCCAGGCUCACCUGCUGCCCACUCUGGCCUCCUCGCCCAGGACCGACUCAUUGAGGUGAAUGGACAGAAUGUGGAGGGGCUGCGCCAUGCAGAGGUGGUCGCCAGCAUCAAGGCGCGGGAGGACGAGGCCCGGCUGCUGGUGGUAGACCCUGACACAGAUGAGUACUUCAAGCGACUGCGGGUCACACCCACCGAGGAGCAUGUGGAAGGUCCACUGCCAUCACCAGUCACCAAUGGGACCAGCCCUGCCCAGCUCAAUGGUGGCUCAACAUGUUCAUCCCGAAGCGAUCUGCCUGGCUUAGACAAGGACACUGAGGUAGAUGGCAGCACCUGGAAGCGCGAUCCCUUUCAGGAGAGUGGCCUCCACCUGAGCCCUACAGCGGCCGAGGCCAAGGAGAAGGCAAGAGCCACCCGGGUCAACAAGCGGGCGCCCCAGAUGGACUGGAACCGGAAGCGCGAGAUCUUCAGCAACUUCUGAGCCCCUCCCUGCCUGUUUGCCGGGCCCAGGCCUCCUCCCCGCAUGGACCUCGGGCCUUGCUCCACGGGCCCGGCCCAGAGCUUCCCAAGCCUCAGUGGACUGGAGGGGGUGCCUUCCUCACGCCCAGAGGGUGUGGUGGUCCCACCACCACCCAGGAACCAACCCGUGUCCCAGUGAGCCCCCCUCCUGUCCCCUUCCUGCUGGGUGCUGGGGGAGUGUGGCAGCAAGAUCCUGGAGAAGGAGCCCCUGAGAUGUGAGAGAGACAAGGAAGAGAAGGAGAGGGAGACAGGGAGAGAGGGAGACGGGGUGGAAGGGAGAGGGAGGAGCGGCAGUGGUGACCGCAGGGCCCGCUGCUCUGCCUGGGCCUGCUGACUUAAAGGAAUUUGUGUUUUUGCUUUUUUUCCAAAAAGAGCUCCAGCUCCACACAUGUUUCCACUUAAUCCAGAGCCCCCGCCCCCGCCAGGACGCACUCUCUAAAUAAUUGCAAUAAAACAAACCUUUCUCCACAAACCGGUUCCUUUCCACCCCCUCAGCAGCAGUCAUCCCGUGAGUCCCAAGGACUUCCAGGGACAGAGGCGGGGAUGGGGGCGGGCGCUCCAGAGUGUGCUUGUAGGGGCCAGAUGUGGUUGCAGGAGCUGCCCCUCUGCCUCAUCCUUGCCUUUCCUGGCAUGGGUGGUCACUAGGCCAGGCCCAGAGGGGUCUGGGGUCCAGGGCCUGAGGAUGAAGGCCACGUGGCCCCCAAGAGGGCAUCCUCUGGACAGGCCCCUUGUCCCUGUGCGGCAGCCCCCAGGCCUGGGGAGUGUGGCUGUGUGAGAGCCUAACCUAUCAGGAGGGACCCCAGGCUUCUGGGCUCAGCCCAUGCCUAGAACUCUACCCUCAGGAGACCCCACUGACUGCCUUUCCUCCCUGCCCUGAACCCAACCGACACUGCUGUCUGCCCUGUAAGCCAUAGCGCAUGCGCGCCCUCGGAAUAAACAGGCCUUCCUCGCA